UUUGUAAAUAAAUUGCUGUAAAUUAACAAAUAUUCGUCAAUUAAAGUGACUAUUAGGCAGUAAAUAGAAUAUAUAGCAGACAUGAGCAACUUCACUGCGAUUUUCCAGAUGGUAAGACAGCGAUUGAUAGCCCCAGCGAUAGGGAACUCCACACGUUGCUAUGCCGUCAAACCGGCGGCACCAGCGGGCAAGAAGAAAAAGCUGGGCAAGCUGGGACCCAUCAUGGAGAAGAAAAUCAUUCCCGUGGAGACGGAUGCCAACAAGCUGGUGAGCUACGUGUGCGGUAGCAACUACCUGAAAGCAGGAGAGGAUGUUAAGAUCAAACCGGAUGCGGAGUACCCCGAGUGGCUGUGGUCCCUGAACACCGAGCGCAUCAUCCCGCUGGACGAACUGGAUCCCAACUCCAAGCAGUACUGGCGCCGCCUCAGGAAACUGGCCUUGCGGCGCAACAACCAGCUGUCCAAGCUGAAGAAGUUCUAGACCCUAGGUGUUAUCGUUGAUUUUGGAGACCCG